CUAACAGAGACGUAGCUACACAUAUAUAAAGAGAUCGAGAGGUCUUCAUUUCUCACAAGCCACAACAACACCAAUCACACUUCUCAAAAAAGAUCAGAGAUUUCUAGAUCCUUCUUCUUCUCCUGCAAAUUCAUCUACCUGAAUCUUCCAACUUUAUAAAUCGAUCAUGAUCUCCGUCGUAAUCAUCGCUGAGUUACUAGUAGAGUACACGACGGCUCUCGCGAAACUAACCGCCGGGAUUCUUCCAUCGAGACGGCGAGGCGAUAGUAACGUUGUACGGAUUGGUGGUUUCUCUCUGCCUUGUCCUUCUCCGUCGAGUAGUAGUACUAGUCGAUCAUCUGCGAUUCCAGAUUUCUCUUCUCAUCUCGUUGAUUUCUGAUCUUGUGGAAGACGAAACAGAUUUUGUUUUCUUCUCUCUCUUUUUUUUAAAUCUAUUCGAAGAUUGGAUUGGACGGCUGAGAUUUUUCCAUGUGUGUCUCUUCUGUCUCCCUCUCUUCCUCUAGAUUUUAAAAUCGCUUAUUAGAUCUUUGUAAAUCGGUAUCUCAAUAUAAUAAUAGUGGUUAUGAAUUUUUGAUGAACUACUCUCUCAUCUUCUCCUUGCAUUUCUCAAUUUCUGAUUUUACCUAACUGUGAUGAUGGCUCAUUUGACGAUUUUUGGUCUCGUUUUGGUGACGUCAGAAAAAU